CACCGUACAGCGGCUAUAAAUUAUACUUACGAUUUCUGGAAAAUUUUUGGAAAAGCACAGAAUACUUUUUUGUUCUGUGGAAAAUCCUUUGCUACUUGCCUAUUUCUUAUUAUUUGUUUAUAAGUAAGUCAUUCUGUAAUAUGCAGAAAUAUGAAAAACUUGAGAAAAUUGGAGAAGGUACAUACGGAACAGUUUUUAAAGCUAAAAACAAAGAGACUCAUGAAAUAGUCGCCUUGAAGCGAGUUAGACUCGAUGACGACGAUGAAGGAGUGCCAUCAUCGGCAUUACGUGAGAUAUGUCUCUUAAAAGAACUGAAGCAUAAAAAUAUUGUUCGAUUAUACGAUGUUCUACACAGCGAAAAGAAGUUGACACUAGUUUUUGAACAUUGUGACCAAGACCUAAAGAAAUACUUUGAUAGUUUAAAUGGUGAAAUAGAUUUGGAUGUAGUAAAGUCAUUCAUGUAUCAGCUGCUACGAGGGUUAGCUUUCUGCCACAGUCACAAUGUACUUCAUCGGGACCUUAAACCUCAAAACCUAUUGAUCAACAAAAAUGGAGAACUAAAAUUAGCAGAUUUUGGCCUAGCUAGAGCUUUCGGCAUUCCAGUCAAGUGUUAUUCAGCAGAAGUGGUUACCCUUUGGUAUCGUCCACCUGAUGUUUUAUUUGGAGCAAAACUUUACACAACAAGUAUAGAUAUGUGGUCUGCCGGUUGCAUAUUUGCAGAACUAGCUAACUCUGGCAGGCCUCUAUUUCCAGGCUCUGAUGUUGAUGACCAGCUAAAAAGGAUUUUUAAGCUUCUAGGAACACCAAAUGAAGAUACGUGGCCUGGAGUAACUCAGCUGCCAGAUUAUAAGCCAUUACCAGUUUACCAACCUAGCUUGGGUCUUGCUCAAGUUGUGCCCAGAUUGUCUGCUCGUGGGAGAGAUCUUCUGGCUCGUCUACUUACUUGCAACCCAGCAUUACGAAUGCCAGCUGAUGAUGCAAUGGCACAUGCUUACUUUCAUGAUUUGAAUCCUUCUGUGAAGAAUGACAGGUGUUAACAGUCAAUACACCCUUAUAGGUGUACUUCUGAACUGCUUUUUAGUGCUAAAAAUAACGAAACUGAAGAUGAUGUACAGGAAUACAAUGAUGAACAGUGAAUUUUUUUUAAUGUUUAAUUUAUUACUAAUUAUUUUGUAGUUCCUCUAAAAACAUAUUAGUGAAAGUGUAAUCAGUGUAAGGUACUAGGUUUGCAUAUUCUUAAAAAAAGCCAACAUUUUUAAGAAUUAUAGUCCUAAACUGUCAUAAACGGUUUUGACUGUUACAAGUUUAUGAUCAUAACCAUUUUAUGAACCGUGAUUUACUUUCUGAUUUCAGAAAUCUAAACUUUUCUCAAUUACCAUAUUACAUCAUAGUUUAUUUAUUACUAUAUAUUGAACUUAGUAAACGUCUGUAUUUUUUACAAAUGUUUGGCUUUAGUUAUGAAAGUUCGAUUAUGACACAAUAGGAGUUGAUAAUCAGUUUGCUAUGUGAUUUUACUUAAUUUUCUUUCUAUAAAUAAUUAGUUAUGAACUUUCAAUAAAUAUUUAGUUGUGACAAGAUCUAAAUUUGAUUGUUGACACUUUCAAAUUUUGAAGACUAAACAGUGUUUGAAUUGUCUUUUAUGCUUAUUCAUAUUAAAUAUAAAAUUUAACCCUUA